GACAAAUGGAGCUAAUGGGAUCCACCUUGACGGCGGAGUACACCCGACCCAAAACCAGCCAAUACUUCCCAGCCAUCUCCAACAUGGUGUCCUCCUACCGGAGCAACCAGCCUGUGCUGGCCAUGAACCCCAGUGCCAACCAGCCCUGGAGGACUAACGCCUACUACCGCACAGGCAGCACUGCAGCCAUCCCCUCCCUCUCCUCCAUCCAGAGGGAGAACCUAGGCUUCGACCUGGUCCGGGCCAAGACCAUGUUCUACCCGUCAAACCGGUCAGCCAUGAUCACCCGCUACACCCCAGACGACUGGUACAAGUCCAACCAGAGCAACUACCGUGAGUCGGAGUCGUCCAGGAACAGUGCGGAGCGGCUGAGGAGGGAUACCAUCAGGUUGAUGCAGGAUAAAGAGCAGCUGACAAGGAGGACCCAGGAGACCACCAGUAAGAACAUCGGGGAACGCCUCAACGACAUCAGUUUCUGGAAGUCAGAGUUGAACCAUGAGAUAGACAACAUGGUGAGCGAGAUCAUGGCCCUCACUGAGGUGAAGAGAAGGCUGGAGAGAGCCCUGCAGGAGACCGAGGGGCCUCUGCAGGUGUCCCAAGAAUGCCUGUAUCACAGAGAGAAGCGAAUGUCCAUUGAUCUGGUUCACGACAACGUGGAGAAAGAUCUCAUAAGGGAAGUGGAGACCAUUAAGUCAUGCCAGGAGAGGAUGAGGAGACAUCUAGACAAAGCGAUCGCUCAACUAGCGUCAAACCGAGCAGCUCAGCAUGAGCUGGAGAGAGACCUCAGUGACAAGGUGACAGCCCAGAGAAUAGACAAUAGGUGUCACCAUCUCAGGAAUGCGUCAGACGGGAUCAGCUACUACAGAGGGAUCGAGAGACUGGACCCAUCGCUCUCCCUGCCCGACUCGUGGUCAAAGUUCACGGAUGACAACAUCCUUCACUCCCAGAGCGAGCGGGCAGCUUCCCACAAGCUGCGUGAUGUUAUUGAGAUCCUGCUGAACGUCACGUCCAAUGAGAUGUGGAAACAUUUCAACACGGUCAACGUGGCCUUCACCAACCGCAUGUCAGAGACCGCCGACGCCAAGAACAGCCUGCAGACACACCUGGCUAAGACCCUCCAGGAAAUCUUCCAGACAGAGAUGCUGAUAGAGAGUCUGAAGAAGGCUCUGAGGGACAAGGAAUGCCCCCUGAAGGUGGCCCAGACCAGGCUGGACGAGAGGACACGCAGGCCCAAUGUGGAGCUCUGCAGGGACAACCCACACCACAGACUGGUGGGAGAAGUGAGGGAGAUAGAGGACACCAUCCACAAGCUGCGUGAGAGACUGAUGGAGGCAGAGAACACCCUGCAGAAGCUGGUGAAGACCAAGGCUGCCCUGGAGCAUGACCUCUCCAUCAAGGCUAACUCCCUGUUCCUGGAUCAGGAGAAGUGCAUGGGCAUAAGGAAGAGCUUCCCCAGCACCCCACGCCUGGUGGGAUACACCUAAAGCCAUCACAUACAGUGCAUUCGGAAAG